CGGGUCACGACUUCGGCCAGGGGAGCCCCAGAAGCUCCGGGUCCGCUUCCUCCGAGCCGAGGGAUACCCGGUGGAUCUGUACUACCUUAUGGACCUGAGCUACUCCAUGAAGGACGACCUGGAGCGCGUGCGCCAGCUCGGGCACGCGCUGCUGGUGCGGCUGCAGGAGGUCACCCACUCUGUGCGCAUCGGCUUUGGCUCCUUCGUGGACAAAACAGUGCUGCCCUUUGUGAGCACAGUGCCCUCCAAGCUUCGCCACCCCUGCCCCACCCGGCUGGAGCGCUGCCAGCCGCCCUUCAGCUUUCACCAUGUGCUGUCCCUCACCGGGGAUGCUAAAGCCUUCGAGCAGGAGGUGGGCCGUCAGAGUGUGUCUGGCAACCUGGACUUGCCCGAAGGCGGCUUCGAUGCCAUUCUGCAGGCUGCCCUCUGCCAGGAGCAGAUUGGCUGGAGAAAUGUGUCCCGGCUACUGGUGUUCACUUCAGAUGACACAUUCCACACAGCUGGGGAUGGGAAGCUGGGUGGCAUUUUCAUGCCCAGUGAUGGGCACUGCCACUUGGACAGCAAUGGCCUCUAUAGCCGAAGCCCGGAGUUUGACUACCCCUCUGUGGGUCAGGUAGCCCAGGCCCUUUCUGCAGCAAACAUCCAGCCCAUCUUUGCUGUCACCAGUGCCACGCUGCCUGUCUACCAGGAGCUGAGUAAGCUGAUUCCCAAGUCCGUGGUGGGGGAGCUGAGCGAGGACUCCAGCAAUGUGGUACAGCUCAUCAUGGACGCUUAUAAUAGCCUGUCAUCCACUGUGACCCUUGAACACGAACACUCUCUACUUCCUUCUGGGGUCCACAUCUCCUACGAAUCUCAGUGUGGCGGUCCUGAGAAGACAGAGGGUGAGGCAGGUGACCGGGGCCAGUGCAACCAUGUCCGAAUCAACCAGACGGUGAAUUUUUUGGUUACUCUCCAAGCUACCCACUGCCUCCCAGAGCCCCAUCUGCUGAGGUUCCGAGCCCGUGGCUUCUCAGAGGAGCUGACUGUGGAGUUGCACACACUGUGUGAUUGUAAUUGCACCGACACCCAGCUCCAAGCUCCUCACUGCAGUGACAGGGGGCACCUACAAUGUGGGGUGUGCAGCUGUCCCCCCGGCCGCCUGGGUCGACUCUGUGAGUGCUCUGAGGCUGAGCUGUCCUCCCCAGAUCUGGAAUCUGGGUGCCGGGCCCCCAAUGGCACAUGGCCCCUGUGCAGCGGGAGGGGACGGUGCCAGUGUGGACGCUGCACCUGCAGCGGACAGAGCUCUGGGCGUCUGUGCGAGUGUGAUGAUGCCAGCUGUGAGCGACAUGAAGGCAUCCUCUGUGGAGGCUUUGGCCGCUGCCAAUGUGGAGUGUGUCACUGUCAUGCUAACCGCACGGGCAGAGCAUGCGAAUGCAGUGGGGACACGGACGGCUGUGUCAGCCCCGAGGGAGGGCUCUGCAGUGGGCAUGGACGCUGCAAAUGCAACCGCUGCCAGUGCUCGGACGGCUACUACGGCACCCUCUGUGAUCAGUGCUCAGGCUGCAAGACGCCAUGCGAGAGACACAGGGACUGUGCAGAGUGUGGGGCUUUUGGGACUGGUCCCCUGGCAACGAAUUGCAGCAUGGCUUGUGCCCACGCCAACGUGACUCUGGCUCUGGCCCCUAUCCUGGAUGACGGCUGGUGCAAAGAGAGGACCCAAGACAACCGGCUCUUCUUCUUCUUAGCAGAGGAUGAAGCUGAAGGCAGGGUCGUGUUGAGAGUGAAACCCCCAGAGAAGGGAGCAGACCACACCCAAAUCAUUGUGCUGGGCUGCGUUGGGGGCAUCGUGGCAGUGGGACUGGGGUUGGUCCUGGCGUAUCGACUCUCAGUAGAAAUCUAUGACCGCCGAGAAUACAGACGUUUUGAGAAGGAGCGGCAGCAGCUGAACUGGAAGCAGGACAGCAAUCCUCUCUACAAAAGCGCCAUCACUACCACUGUCAACCCCCGCUUUCAAGAGACAGACACUUCCCCUCUGUGAAGUGAGGAGGGACGCUCACCGCGGGGCUCUUCUCUGGGAUGGAGGGAACUGAAGCCGGGGGUCUAUCAGGCAGCAGCCUGGUAGGGUGUUAACCCACUGCUGAACGGUCACAGCCAACUUCACUCUCAGAGUGACAACUGAGUGGGCGGCCUAUGGCUACAACCUCGCUUCCCUACCUCACAAAGAACCGGGCUAUCCCGCCCAGGUGUACAAUAAAGUGCCUUACCUUAGA